GGCCGGAGGUGGCCAGCUUUUACCUUGUACCCAUGACUGCUAGGGGCAGCAACCCCACGAUGGGUCGUCAUUGGCCACAAAUGGCCAUGGCAUUGGCCGUUGUUUUGAUUUCUACUACAGUGGUUUCCGUCGCUGCUGAUGGUUACCCUUACUUUUCUCCACCACCACCUUAUGAGUACAAGUCACCACCUCCACCUUCACCAUCACCUCCACCUCCUUAUGAGUACAAAUCACCACCUCCUCCACCCCCAUAUGAGCACAAGGCUCCAACUUAUGAGUACAAGUCACCACCACCACCUUCACCUUCACCCCCACCUCCUUAUGAGUACAAGUCACCACCCCCACCUUCACCAUCACCCCCACCUCCUUAUGAGUACAAGUCUCCACCUCCUCCACCAUAUGAGCACAAGUCUCCUCCUUACAUGUACAAGUCACCACCACCUCCUUCUCCAUCACCACCACCUCCUUACAUGUACAAGUCACCUCCACCUCCACCUUACAUGUACAAGUCACCACCUCCACCACCAUAUGUACAUGAGGCUCCUCCUUACAUGUACAAGUCACCACCACCUCCUUCUCCAUCACCACCUCCUCCUUACAUGUACAAGUCACCUCCACCUCCACCUUACAUGUACAAGUCACCACCUCCACCACCAUAUGUACAUGAGGCUCCACCUUACAUGUACAAGUCACCACCACCUCCUUCUCCAUCACCACCUCCUCCUUACAUGUACAAGUCACCACCUCCACCACCAUAUGUGCAUGAGGCUCCACCAUACUAUUACAAAUCUCCUCCACCACCCUCUCCCUCACCUCCACCUCCUUACUAUUACAAAUCCCCGCCACCACCUUCACCUUCUCCACCACCACCAUACUACUACAAAUCACCACCGCCACCAGAAAAGUCUCCAUCUCCAACACCUUACUAUUAUAAAUCUCCACCACCACCUUCACCUUCUCCACCACCACCAUACUACUACAAAUCACCACCUCCACCAGAAAAGUCUCCAACUCCAACUCCUUACUAUUACAAAUCUCCACCACCACCUUCACCUUCUCCACCACCACCAUACUACUACAAAUCACCACCACCACCAGAAAAGUCUCCAACUCCAACUCCUUACUACUAUAAAUCUCCUCCACCACCUUCACCUUCUCCACCACCACCAUACUACUACAAAUCUCCUCCUCCUCCAUCUCCUUUACCACAUCCACCAUACUACUACAAUUCUCCACCACCACCAGUAAAAUCUCCACCUCCACCAACACCUUACUACUAUCAGUCCCCACCACCACCCAAGCCAUACUAUUACAAUUCUCCUCCUCCCCCUCAUCCCCAUCACCACCCAUUGAUUGUGAAGGUAGUGGGUAGCGUCUACAGCUACAAGUGCUAUGACUGGGAUUAUCCUGAAAAGUCACAUGACAAGAAGCACCUUAAAGGUGCUGUUGUGGAGGUGAAAUGCAAAGCAGGGAGGAAAAUAAUCAUGGCUUACGGUGAAACAAAGAGCAAUGGUAAGUACAGCAUCACAGUUAAGGACUUUGACUAUGUCAAAUAUGGACCCAUGGUGUGCAAGGCCAGGCUUCAUGCUCCACCCAAGGACUCACCCUUCAACAUGCCUACUAAGCUCAACGAGGGAACCAACUUGAAGGUGAAAUCCAAGGAUAAGUACGAAGUGGUGCUCAAGGCCAAGCCAUUUGCUUAUGCUUCAAAGAAGCAUUUUGAAGAAUGUGAAAAGCAUAAGCCUUCACCAACUCCUUAUUACUACAAGUCACCUCCUCCACCAUCACCUGUUUAUGUUUACAAAUCACCACCUCCACCAUCACCUGCUUACAUGUACAAGUCUCCACCCCCACCAUCACCAACAUAUGUAUACAAGUCUCCACCUCCACCAUCACCUGCUUACGUAUAUAAAUCUCCACCCCCACCAUCACCUACUUACGUGUACAAGUCUCCUCCCCCACCAUCACCAACAUAUUCUCCACCUCCACCAUCACCAACUUAUGAACCUCCCUAUUACUACAAGAGUCCUCCACCACCAUCACAUUCUACUUUACCUCCUUACUACUAUAAGAGUCCUCCCCCACCAUCACCAACAUAUUCUCCACCACCACCAUCACCAGUAUAUGAACCUCCCUAUUACUACAAGAGUCCUCCACCACCAUCACAUUCUACUUUACCUCCUUACUACUAUAAGAGUCCUCCCCCACCAUCACCAACAUAUUCUCCACCACCACCAUCACCGGUAUACAAACCUCCCUACUACUACAAGAGUCCUCCACCACCAUCACCCUCUCCCCCUCCUCCAUAUUACUAUAAAUCUCCACCCCCACCAUCACCAAUAUAUGAACCUCCCUACUACUACAAGAGUCCCCCACCACCAUCACCUUCUCCUCCACCUCCUUACUAUUACAAGAGUCCUCCCCCACCAUCGCCAUCUCCCCCUCCUCCAUACUACUAUAAAUCUCCACCCCCACCAUCACCAGUAUAUGAACCUCCCUACUAUUACAAGAGUCCUCCCCCACCAUCGCCAUCUCCCCCUCCUCCCUUCUAUUACAAGAGCCCUCCCCCACCUUCACCCUCUCCCCCUCCUCCUUACUACUACAAGUCUCCCCCACCCCCCCAAGAAUUACCCAACCCUCCAUACUACUAUAAAUCACCACCUCCACCAUCACCACCUCCUCCUCCUUCAUACUAUUACAAGAGUCCUCCCCCACCAUCACCUUCUCCUCCUCCUCCAUACUACUACAAGAGUCCUCCUCCACCACCUCAAAAGCUACCAUACCUACAUCCUCCUUAUGCCUACAAGUCACCUCCACCACCUUCACCAUCACCUCCACCUCCUUAUUACUACAAAUCUCCCCCACCUCCAUCUCCAUCUCCACCACCUCCUUAUUACUAUCAAAGUCCUCCUCCACCAUCUUCCCCUCCUCCUUCUCCCUAUUACUACAAAUCCCCUCCACCACCAACAUCAUCUCCUCCACCUCCCUACCACUACGUGAGCCCUCCUCCACCUUCACCGUCUCCUCCACCACCAUACCACUACACAUCACCCCCUCCUCCCAUCUCAGCUCCCGCUCCCACAUACAUUUACAAAUCCCCUCCACCACCAACAUCGUCUCCUCCACCUCCCUACCACUACGUGAGCCCUCCUCCACCUUCACCAUCUCCUCCACCACCAUACCACUACACAUCACCCCCUCCUCCCACCUCAACUCCCGCUCCGACAUACAUUUACAAAUCACCUCCCCCACCAGAAAAAUCACCUCCACCACCGGCUUACAUAUAUGCUUCCCCACCCCCACCAAUCUACAAGUAAGCGCGGAAUGCGGAAGCAUCAUUUGUGAUAAAUCAUGUUGUAGUUUACAUCGAGGAAUAAAGUCAAGCUUCAUUUGGAGCAAAGUGAAACAUCUAGCUUCCUGUACAAGUUCUUUGAAUAAAUGUCUGAAUGCAUCAUCUCCGAGCUACGAUAUUUGUGAUUCAGACGAGAUUGAUUCUAUUUUAUUGAUGGCAAUCUUGCACGUCCUGAUCUUAUUGUGUUCAAGUGAGGGACAAAACAAAACAAGGAAGCGAGAUUUGAAAUGUAAAUGCCAAGUGAAAGUGAAAGUGAAAAGUACAUUCCGCUUUUAAUGAUCGCUUUAAUUUAUUUGUGCAUAGAUUAAUAUAUGGCCGUGUAUGAUUGCUUUUCUAUUUAUUAAUUGUGGCAUUUUUGUAUUGUA